UCCAUUUUACUUUCUUUCUCACAUUCUUGGCAAGUGGUGUUUGUUGAUUCGGAGAUCUUAGCUACCAAUCAUGAGAACAUUACGUUACACGAUUCGUGAAUUAUUAGUGACAGUCUGUCUCAAGGUUAAUAUGUAAGGCUUACAUGUCCCUGAAAUUACGGAUUGAUACAAAGCCCGUCGGAUCAAUAGGCAGUCUCUUUGUUGCCCAAGGCACGCAUACCUCAGUGGUGGUGGGGUCUGGGUUCAGUGAACAUGUACAAGCUGACUUUCAUUUGGGUUGCACUAUUUCAACAGCGAACCCUUGAGCCAGAAUGAUUUUGAAUUGUAGUGCUCUAAAGAAUGCGAGAGCUCAAGCAUGGGAAGGCAAUACUGGGAUCAGUUUGCAUGGCGGCGAUUUUGGUGUGGGAGGUUUAUACGAAACUCAUGCCCCAGAACAACCACUUCUUUGAUUCGCCAUCUCGUCAUCACCUUUCAGGUCUGAAUCUCUGGAGGAACGUGCCACAAACGUCAUGGAAACCGUGCCUGUGGUGGACGCAGAGUGCAGAGCCUAGAAUGGCUGAAGCGGGGAAGAUGAAUGGUUACAUCAUAAUCGAAUGCUCUGGGGGCUUGAACCAAAUGCGACGAGACUUAUGUAAUGGUAUUGGAAUUGCGCGGUUGCUUAACGCCACUAUCGUACUUCCGAGGUUCGAAACUUCUCCAUACUGGAAUGAUACGAGCGGGUUUGGUGACAUAUUUGACGCUGAUUUCUUUUUGGAAAGUGUCCAUAGCUGGGUGGAUGUUUUACGGGAGUUGCCCACAAAUUUGUCUAUGCGGCAACCAGUAGCCAUCAAUUGUCACAAAGUGGCAAGCCCGUUUGAUUAUGUUGAAUCGCUACUGCCAAAGCUGUUGCAGCACACAGUCAUUGUUCUUCGGCCAUCUGCCAGCCAGAGGUCUGACCGUUACCCUGAUUCUGCAAAGAGAGCGCGAUGUCAUGCUUGCUUUCGAUCACUCCGGCUUGUGAGGCGUUUGCAAGAAACUGCAGACACUCUUCUUGAAAGACUUCCCCACCCUUUCGUGGUGCUCCACCUCCGGUUCGAGCCAGACAUGAUUGCGUACAGCCGCUGUCGUUACAACCUCUCAAGUGCAUCCAUGGCUUCCAUAAACAGGGUCCGAGGGUUUCGGCAGGUAUUUGGAGUAGCAGAUGAGAAGUCUUGGAGAAAGAAAGGAAAGUGCCCGUUAACUCCGCAAGAGACAGCAUUCAUUCUCCAGGCUCUGAACAUCCCUGCUUCCACACCUAUCUACUUGGCUGCUGGAUCAGGGUUACUUGAGCUUCACAAGCUCGCCUCCACCUACACCCAGUUAUUUCAGAAGUCAGAUUUCUUACAUGCCGAUCGUCUAAAGGCAUUGAAAGGGAGCAGAAGAGCUGCUAUUGACUGGUAUGUUUCACUCCAUGCUUAUGCGUACAUUGCAACAUUUGUAGGGAAUAUGGACAAGAUGGUAGUGUCAGACAGGGUGUUAGCAGGAAAGCAUCGCAAUCUGGUCCUGGACAGGCACAUGUUUGCUGAAGCAUAUGGGCAGGGGAUGUCAGAACAAGAGAUCUCCAAGCUCAUUUGGAAGAAGCAUAGGCAUCAUGUGACAAGUGGUUAUGGUUCACCCGUAUCAGAUUGCUUCUGUAGAACUUAUUUGACUGCUUCUCUUCAAGAAUGAUCACAGAAAGUAUGAGGAAAACCCAAGUGUGAGUUUCUUCACCAUUCAGAUUAACUCCAGUUUAUUAAGCACCCAGUUGUGGAAUGUAGAACUGAUUCACCUAAUUGUCGAAACAAGUGAGCCAACUCUGCCAGGAAUGCAUGUUCACUGAAAGCUGCGUUCCACAGAUCAUAUUCUAACAGUGGAGGAGUCCCUUGUACCGGCCUAAACUGGCAUGCUUCAGAAUGGUGCCCCAAACUAAGUUUGAGCUUUCUUGAAGGUGACUUUGAAACAUGACAUUUAGUUUGUCAAGUUCCAAGGACUCGUUGAGGAGAGUUAACCUAUGAGUGCAAGAUUGUUGAAACAAAACUGAUGAAAGUUAACCUUGUUGCCAAACACUGUUUGUUCUUCAGAACAGGAGAAGAAGAAGAAGAAGAAGGGAAAUAUAUAUAUAUAUAUAUAUAUAUAAUAUUGUAUUUGAAAUCUUGUAACUUUUUUUUCAAGGUUUUUGUUCUAACAUCAAAAUAAUAAAGUACAUUAACAAUAA